AUACGUGCUCCUGGAGAAAUAGAUAACAAUGAAAAAUGUAUGACAUCAAAAAGCUUAGUAUGGAGAAUUGUUCUUUUAAUGAGUAGCCACCAGAAAAAAAUAAUGAAAAUAAUAAAAGCUUUUUUUAAAAUCACGAAGUAGGAGUAUCCCACUCGUUGUAGCACUCCUAUCACUUAAACGCCUCAAGGGGGCGUUAACAUCGCAAGUAUAUAUUUUUGGUUGCGAAGCAUUUGUCGGCAUUCAACUCCUGAGACGCUAAGUAGCAGAAACAAUGCGGAGAAGACGGGCGGACCCCGAAUUUGAGAUUGACGACUUUCGUCACUGGCAAAGGGCGUUUAGUCAACAACUUGUGGAUUCCCAGAGGCCAAGCCCAAAAAGAGAGCCAGUUCGGCGAAUUGUGCUAAUUGGAAAGACAGGACAUGGAAAGAGUGCGACAGGCAACACUAUCCUGGGAUGCACCAGAAGAGAGGACUGGAAAUUUGAGAGCUCAUCAGGUUCAACAUCAAGAACACAGAGAUGUGAAAAACAUGAAGCUGUCAGAUUUGGGAAGAGGCUUGUUGUGAUUGACACCCCAGGGUUGUUUGACACACAGUCAAAUAGCAUCGAAACAGAGAUCGGGAGGUGUGUGUGUCUGUCUCAACCAGGCCCACAUGUCUUCCUCCUCGUCAUGUCUAUGGAUAGGUACACUAAGGAGGGGCAAAAAUCAAUUGAAAAUAUUGAGCGGAUGUUUGGUGAGAUGGUAAAGCGAUACACCAUUGUUCUUUUUUCCAAGGGGGAUGAUUUGGAAUUUCAUGGGGAGACACUGGAGGGGAAACUAAGUACGGAUAAACCCUUUAGGGAUCUUGUACGGAAGUUUGGGAAUAAAUACCAUGGCUUAAAUAACAGAAGACAUGAUAAUGAACAAGUGAGGAAGCUUGUUGACAAAAUAGAGGACGUAUUGAACGAAAAUGAGGGGCAUUUUUACACCAAUGAUAUGUACGAAACUGCUUCCAAUGAACUUCACAGGGAGAUUGAAAAGAUUCUGAGGGAAAAGUUGCCAGAUAUCAUAGACAGAGAGCAAAGAUGUAGGAGUGCUGCAGAGAUUGAUAACCUCUGGUGUGAAGAGGUUAAAGCAGCUGUAGAGAAAGCAACUUGCAUCGUUGCAACAAUUUUGAGAAAUAAGGGAUUCAUAUCAAUCGUUGCUUUACUUGGUGCAGGGGCAGCAUUGUGUGCGGCAGGCCCCGCUGUUGCUGCUAUUGCAGCAGGAGCAGGAGUAGGAGCAGGAGCAGGAGCCGCUGUUGCUGCUAUUGCAGCAGGGGCAGGAGUAGGAGGAGGAGUCGCUGUUGCCUACAAAAAAUACUCUCAAGAAUAG